UGGUUAGGUCGGAUCCCUUUCACCGUCAUAACUUUCUCACUGUUAUGAUUUUUGCAAAGGCAGCUUCGUAGGGCAGAUGAAGAUAAACUUAAAUGUCUCAUGAUGGUAGCUAAUAUUCAUUGAGCACUUACUAUGUACCAGAUAUUGUUCUAAGUGCUUUAAAUAAAUUAGCUCAUUUGGCAUUCACAGUAAUCUUAUGGGGUACAUACUAUUAGUAUCCUCAUUUUAGCAGUGAGGGUUAGGAAAGGUUAAUUAAGUUUUCUAAGAUUACACAGCUACUAAAACUAGAAUCUGCAUGCAAACCCAGGCAGCCUGACUCUAGAGCCUGUAACCUUAUUAGCACCACCUCGUGUCGCCCCACGUUCAUGUUUUCCAGGGGCCCUCUCCCAUUUCUCAGUCGUUUCCUCUCCCAAGAGCGGAGGAGAAGGAAAGGCCAAGAAGACAACAUUUCUCAUGGCUUUUUAAUUUAUUCAGUUUACCUAAAUUCUCUCAUCAUUACUAAAUGACACAUACUGAGCCAGGUUGAGGCCUAUCUUUUCUUAGUUUUAUCUGUAUCUGUUUACUUAACCAUGAAGAUAACUUUUUUACUCCCAAAUUUGAGUGAUUAGUAAAGAGCUGUAUAAUGUAACCAGUUUUGCUUUUCGCAAGCCAUCUCUGUUUCUCAGUGGGCUGAAAACCACACUAUUGCUUCCUCUUUACUUUGCUGUGAGAGCACAGCAUUUGUCACUCAACCUCUGAAUGUUAGUGACACUGCUGGGACGGGAAAGGACUGUGCUGGCCCCAAUGGCAGGCUUCUCAUAUGUGGCAUCUUUCUUUCUCUUUCUGACUAAGCUCAGCAUUGGCCAGAGAGAAGUAACAGUUCAGAAAGGACCACUGUUUAGAGCUGAAGGUUACCCAGUCAGCAUUGGCUGCAAUGUAACUGGCCACCAGGGACCUUCUGAGCAGCACUUCCAGUGGUCUGUUUACCUACCAACAAACCCGACCCAGGAAGUCCAGAUCAUUAGCACCAAGGAUGCUGCCUUCUCUUAUGCAGUAUAUACGCAGCGGGUGCGAAGCAGAGACAUCUACGUGGAGAGGGUCCGGGGCAACUCAGUCUUGUUGCACAUCUCAAAGCUCCAGAUGAAGGAUGCUGGCGAGUAUGAGUGUCACACACCGAACACUGAUGAGAAAUACUAUGGGAGCUACAGUGCAAAGACUAAUCUAAUUGUUAUUCCAGAUACCCUCUCUGCCACCAUGAGUUCUCAGACUCUCAGUAAGGAGGAAGGUGAGCCAUUAGCCCUCACGUGUGAGGCAUCAAAAGCCACAGCCCAACAUACACACCUCUCUGUCACCUGGUACCUAACACAGGAUGGAGGAAGAAGCCAAGCCACCGAGAUUCUCUCUCUCUCCAAAGAUUUUAUAUUGGUCCCUGGGCCCUUGUAUACAGAGCGGUUUGCAGCCAGUGAUGUACGGCUCAACAAACUGGGGGCCACCACGUUCAGGCUGUCCAUAGAGAGGCUCCAAUCCUCAGAUCAGGGUCAGCUGUUCUGUGAGGCAAUGGAAUGGAUUCAGGAUCCAGAUGAAACCUGGAUGUUCAUUACUAAAAAGCAGACCGAUCAAACCACUCUGAGGAUCCAGCCAGCAGUGAAAGAUUUUCAAGUCAACAUUACAGCUGACAGCUUGUUUGCUGAAGGGAAAUCCUUAGAACUGGUUUGCCUGGUUGUAGGCAGUGGCCGUGACCCACAGCUUCAAGGCAUUUGGUUCUUCAAUGGGACUGAAAUUGCUCACAUUGAUGCUGGUGGAGUCCUGGGCCUGAAGAAUGACUACAAAGAGAGAGCAAGUCAAGGAGAGCUCCAGGUCUCAAAGUUAGGCCCCAAGGCUUUCUCUCUCAAGAUCUUCUCUCUGGGCCCAGAGGAUGAAGGCACCUACAGAUGUGUGGUAGCAGAGGUCGCGAAAACACGCACAGGUUCCUGGCAGGUGCUUCAGAGAAAGCAGUCACCAGACAGCCACGUGCACCUGAGGAAGCCAGCAGCAAGAAGUGUGGUCGUGUCUAUCAAGAACAAGCAGCAAGUUGUGUGGGAAGGAGAGACCCUCGCCCUUCUCUGUAAGGCUGGUGGAGCUGAAAGUCCCCUGUCUGUGAGCUGGUGGCACAUCCCACAGGAUCAGACACAGCCCGAGUUUGUGGCUGGCAUGGGGCAGGAUGGCACUGUGCAGCUGGGUGCCUCCUAUGGGGGACCCGGUUACCAUGGCAACACAAGGUUGGAGAAAGUGGACUGGGCCACCUUCCAGCUGGAGAUCACCUUCACUGCCAUCACAGACAGUGGCACAUAUGAGUGCAGAGUAUCUGAGAAGUCUCGGAACCAGGCCAGAGAUCUGAGCUGGACUCAGAAGAUUUCAGUUACUGUAAAGUCUCUGGAGUCAAGUUUACAAGUUAGUCUGAUGAGCCGUCAGCCACAAGUGACGUUAACCAACACCUUUGACCUGUCCUGCGUCUUGGGGACUGGUUACUCUGACCUCAAGGUGCCACUCACUGUGACGUGGCAGUUCCGGCCAGCUAGCUCUCACGUCUUCCACCAGCUUAUUCGAAUUACCCACAAUGGCACUAUUGAAUGGGGGAAUUUCCUAUCCCAGUUCCAUAAGAAGACGAAAGUUUCACAGUCUUUAUUUCGUUCACAACUCCUGGUGCAUGAUGCCACUGAGGAAGAGACAGGAGUGUAUCAGUGUAAAGUAGAAAUUUAUGACAGAAAUUCCCUAUACAACAACCACCCUCCGAGGGCUUCUGCCAUCUCUCACCCAUUGAGAAUAGCGGUCACUUUACCAGAGAGCAAGCUAAAAGUGAAUUCAAGGAGUCAAGUCCAAGAGCUCUCCAUCAACUCCAACACUGAUAUAGAAUGUAGCAUCUUGUCCCGGUCCAGUGGAAACCUUCAGUUAGCCAUCAUUUGGUAUUUUUCUCCUAUUUCCACUAAUGCCUCCUGGCUAAAGAUCCUGGAGGUGGACCAAACCAAUGUUAUAAAAACUGGGGAUGAGUUUCACACCUCAUGGAGAAAACAAAAAUUUCAUACUGAGAAGGUUUCCCAAGACUUAUUUCAGCUGCACAUUCUGAAUGUGGAAGACAGCGAUCAGGGCAGAUAUCACUGUGCUGUGGAGGAAUGGCUCCUGUCUACAAAUGGCACUUGGCACAAGCUUGGAGAAAAGAAGUCAGGACUAACAGAAUUGAAACUCAAGCCCACAGGGAGUAAGGUACGUGUCUCCAAAGUGUACUGGACCGAAAAUGUGACCGAGCACAGAGAGGUGGCCAUCCACUGCAGCCUGGAGAGUGUAGGCAGCCCAGCCGCUCUGUACUCUGUGAUGUGGUACUGGAACAGAGAAAACUCUGGAAGUAAAAUGCUGGUGCACUUGCAACAUGAUGGCUUGCUGGAGUAUGGGGAAGAGGGGCUUAGGAGGCACCUGCACUGUUACCGUUCAUCCCCUACAGACUUUGUCCUGAAGCUUCAUCAGGUGGAGAUGGAGGAUGCAGGAAUGUACUGGUGUAGGGUGGCAGAGUGGCAGCUCCAUGGACACCCAAGCAGGUGGAUUAAUCAAGCAUCCGAUGAGUCACAGCGGAUGGUGCUCACGGUGCUGCCUUCAGAGCCCACGUUUCCUUCCAGGAUCUGCUCCUCGGUCCCUUUACUCUAUUUCCUGGUCAUCUGCCCUUUCGUCCUGCUCCUGCUUCUGCUCAUCUCCCUCCUCUGCUUAUACUGGAAGGCCAGGAAGUUGUCAACACUGCGUUCCAACACACAGAAAGAAAAGGCUCUCUGGGUGGACUUGAAAGAGGCUGGAGGUGUGACCGCGAAUAGGAGGCAAGACGAGGAGGAAGAUGAAGGCAACUGAACCCCAAGAGGUACCUGCAGUCAGUAAGGAAAGCUUCCUGCCUCGCUGUCUGUUUCUUCCCAAGCCCCAUGUGGAAUGUGGUGACCUAGUCAGCUGGAACCAGCUCCUGACAGACCCUGGCAACUUCUAGAUGAACCCGAGUGAACUUUCCUCAUUACCAUCCUGAAGUCACUACCCCGGGAGGAGCUACAGCUUCAUGACCAUAACAUGUGACCUAUGCGCUGGCAGCAUGACUCACUGAGGCUGCGCCACUGGGACCCCUCCCUACAUGCACCGAUGCACUCUCUCCCCUCUCCAUCACCCCAUGAAACCCUCCUGUCACUUUCCUUCAGAGACACCGCUUUGGAGAAUAUUCCCAGCGCUCUCCUUGCUUGUGACAAGUGAAACAAACUCCUUUUGAUAAAAACUCAUGUUCUUGUGGAGUCAUCUGUUACCCCCCAGGCAAACAAACCCCGGUUUUUUCAGGGAACAGAGACCCUCAGAUAUGAAACUGUCCUGGCCAGAGCAGAGCAUGGGGAAGUAUGAGUUCCCAGGGGGUACCUGCUGCACGUCAGGCCCUGUGCUAGGAGCAAGGGGUCCUGUGGUGACUCAGACACAGUCCCGUCCCCCUGGGAUGCUCACCUUGUUUGUCCUGGAUGCUCUGCUUUCAUGAAUGGGACUUAGAGCACCUUCGAUAGUCUAACCAGCUACAUGGCACUGUUUGUCCCAUAGGCAUCUAAAACCCUCCAGAACUAAAACACCCCCACAGUAUUUUCUUCCUUUUAAACUUAAAGAAUAAAAUUUGCCCUGAUGCAUUUCGGCAGACAUUUUAUGCCUCUUCUCUCUCCAAUUACAUACUUGUUGACUUUUGGUUUUUGAAACUUCCUGGAGAGCUUUACUUUUACGCAUUGAUUUCAGCUUUUCCAUUUCAUGCCACCACCUGGUUUUACUUUCGGCUUUUUUGUAUUAUAAAUCCUCCUUGGCAAAAGGACAAGCCUCUGUCUCAGGAGUUGACCAGCCAGGGCCUAUGGGCCAAAUGAAGCCCACCAUCUGUUUGUUUUUUAAAAUAUAAUAUAUUGGAAUAUGGUCACUCCCAUUCGCUUACAUACUGUCUGUGGCUGCUUUCACGAUAAAAAUGACACAGUUGUGUAGUUGCCACAGAGACCAUAUGACCUACAUUGCCUAAAAUGUUUAUUACCCGGCCCUUCACAGAAAACGUUUGCCAGCCCCUGCUGUCCUUUAAUGUUCUGUCUCUCUUAGCCAUGUAUUAUGUCCCUGGGAAACUGAUUCGACCUCUUGUAUCUGAAUCUCUUAUAUAUCUGAUUAAUCUAAUAAAUAAUCUUAGGCUUUCAGGA